AAGAUCAUGGGAUGUCUACACUGAUCACCUGCUUUAUAGAUUCAGAAACCAUAAAUUGAACCCCAAAGAGCUUUAAGAUAAUUUACUGACUGGUUAAAUUACUGAUGCUGGUUAAAAUGAAAGCAGGCUCUUCUAUCUGCUUCUUAGUGCUCUAUUUGGUGAUUGUUACUGGUUCCAUAAUGUUGUACACUACCAGUGUCUCCAGUGUCCAGUGCCUGUUUGUUACUUUUUGUCUUCGUUUUUUCUCUCUGUGGUUGUAUCUUAGUAAGAGAAACUGCAAUGUAUACUUUUGCAAGUGGUAGAAUGAGAAUCUGUGUGCUGGGCUGCCUUCUCUGGCACAGAUCUCAGAGAUUAGGCCAUUGCCUGCUCACUUGGAUUUCACUGGAUAGUUUUUUUUUUUUUUUUUUUAAGAAAAAGGGGUCUCAUUAUGUUUCACAGGCUGGUGCCAGACUCCUGGGCUCAGUUGAUCCUUCUGUCUCUGACUCCUGAAUAAUUGAAACUAAGCAGCAUGCUGCUGUGUCAGGCUUUGUUGGAUGGAACUUUUUUGAGUGGUUUGUGCCUGUGCCCCCAGGUAUCACUGGUUCCUCACAUAAGAAAUUAGAAGAACUAUAUGGUUUCAAGUGUUUCCAUGUUUCCUUCCUGUGCCGGUUUGACAGGAGGGACAGAUGAUUAUUUCAUUGCCUGAGAGUUGCCUGCUCACCACGGAAACAGUGAUUCGAAGCUACUUAGGGGUGUACAUUACUAAGUGGAAGCCUCGUCCAUCUCCUCUGCUGGCUCUGUGCACCUUUUUAGUGUCAGAAAGGCAUGCUGGGGACCGGUCUCUCUGGAAGCCUUACUUGCAGAUUUUACCCAAGACCUACACCUGCCCUGUUUGUUUGGAGCCAGAAGUGGUGAAUCUUCUACCCAAAGCGUUAAAAGCAAAGACUGAAGAGCAGCGAGCCCAUGUGCAGAAGCUUUUCACCUCCUCCAGAGACUUUUUCUGUUCCCUGCAGCCUCUGUUUGUAGAGCCCAUUGACAGCAUCUUCAGCUACAGCGCCCUCCUGUGGGCCUGGUGCACUGUCAACACCAGAGCUGUGUACCUGAGGCCUAGGAAGCAGGAAUGCCUUUCCGCAGAGCCGGACACCUGUGCGCUUGCUCCAUACCUGGAUUUGUUGAAUCACAGCCCUCACGUCCAGGUAAAUGCAGCAUUUAAUGAGAAGACUCGUUGUUAUGAAAUUAGAACAGCUUCCGGUUGUAGAAAGCACGAGGAGGUAUUCAUCUGCUAUGGCCCACACGACAACCAGCGGCUGCUGCUGGAGUAUGGCUUUGUUUCCCCCUGCAAUCCUCAUGCUUGUGUUUAUGUCUCAAGAGAUACACUUGUUAAAUAUCUUCCGUCAACUGAUAAACAGAUGAACAAAAAGAUUUCCAUUCUAAAGGAUCAUGGCUUUAUAGAAAAUUUGACAUUUGGAUGGGAUGGGCCGUCUUGGAGGUUACUCACAGCUCUUAAGUUGUUAUGUCUGGAAGCUGAAAAAUUUACGUGCUGGAAAAAAGUUCUUCUUGGAGAAGUAAUUUCAGAUGCAAAUGAGAAGACAAGUUUGGAUGUAGCCCAGAAAAUAUGCCAUCAUCUCCUAGAGGAGAGUUCUGCUAUGCUUCAGAGGGUUUCUCACAUGAAGGAUGAAAAGGUGUCUUUGGUAAGCCAGCUGGCUUUGGUGGAAACACUGUGGCGGGAAGAGCUGAAGGUCCUCCAGGCCUCCGCUGAGACCCUCGCCAGCGUGCACACCUCUUACCUGGCCUCCCCCAAACGCCUGGGGUCACCUCCUGUGGUGGGUGUGACUUAAGCAUUUUUAAACUAAAUUGGAUUAAACGGAUUUUAUCUCA